CCUAGUAGUUGCCUUUUCACUACAAACAAACUACAAAGACCAUAACGACUACUAAAUCCCUCUAUAUAUAUCAUUCCUAGCUCCUAAUACGACAAUCCAUAACUUUCCAGCUUCAAAACAAAAUCUCGGUCUCUCGGAAAAAUAUGGGAAGAUCUCUAAUCAAUUCUUGUUUUCCGAUAAUCCGUAGACGCCAAGGAAUAGUCACGCUCUUUUUCUUUGAGCAUGGAUCAACCAAAACCCUAUGUGGAUUCAAGAAACAUGUUGCUGGAGAAAUCAUGUUCGAGUUUCCUGAUCAAAUCGUGUGCCAUGCAGAUUCUUUCUUCAUCGGUCGUCAGAUUCCAGCUCUAGCCAUGGACGACUAUCUAAUCCCAGGUCAAACCUAUUUUGUAUUACCGAUCGAACGUUUUGCAUACAGAAUCUUAACCACUUCGUGUCUCUCAAUCUUCAACUCUAAUCUUGAAAACGUUCGGUCAAACACUCCACCGUUGAAUUUCACGGCGCCGUCCAGUCCACCGCCGUUUGAGUAUACUCAAGGACCAAACGGAGAGAUUCUGAUAAAAGUUUCUCCGGAGUUUAUCAUUAGUCUUAUAUGUAAAAACAGAAACAUCAGAGAAGAAGAAGCCACAAGUUGUGGUGAAAACAGUACGAUCUGUAAUUCUCCCGAGUUAAAGAAGCAGUAUGAUCAGCUUGUCGGAACACGAGAGCACAUGUGGUCACCGAAUUUGCAGACGAUCUCCGAGCAUAAGAUUAGGGUUUCUCCAUUAAGAUUCUUCGGUCUUAAUCGGAGGCAAGAAGAAGUGAAUUGAUUGGCUUUGGGGAUAGGCUCUCAAAAAAUUAUUCUUAUUUCUUCCGUUGUAUUUUUUAUUGGGAAAAAAAUGUGGAAAGAUAAAAAGUAAAUUAGAGUGGUUAGUUUGUUUGGUUACGAUUUAGUCUUGCAUGAACAAGUUGACAAAUUGAAUGUUUUGGGAGUAAUUCUACAAGAGUAAUAUAUAAAUUUGUUAGGUA